GCCGCCAUCUUGUGGGAGCGAAACCGACGCCUGGCUGGGAGCAGCCGCCGCGGAGGUCUCUGGCCAGUAUUGCUUCCACCUGUCCACAAGCAUGGGGAAUAUCUUUGCAAACCUCUUCAAGGGCCUUUUUGGCAAAAAAGAAAUGCGCAUUCUCAUGGUGGGCCUGGAUGCUGCAGGGAAGACAACAAUUCUUUACAAACUGAAGCUGGUUGAAAUUGUGACCACCAUUCCCACCAUUGGUUUCAACGUGGAGACAGUUGAGUACAAGAAUAUCAGCUUCACUGUGUGGGAUGUGGGCAGCCAGGACAAGAUCCGGCCACUGUGGCGCCACUACUUCCAGAACACCCAAGGCUUGAUCUUCGUAGUGGACAGCAAUGACAGAGAGCGUGUGAAUGAGGCCCGUGAAGAGCUCAUGAGGAUGCUAGCUGAAGAUGCGCUCCCGGAUGCCGUUCUCUUGGUGUUUGCCAAUAAGCAGGACCUUCCCAAUGCCAUGAAUGCGGCCAAAAUCACAGACAAGCUGGGGCUGCCCUCUCUACGCCACAGGAACUGGUACAUUCAGGGCACCUGUGCCACCAGCGGGGACGGGCUCUAUGAAGGACUAGACUGGCUGUCCAAUCAGCUCCAGAACCAGAACUGAACCAGACCCCUCCCUCCCCCUCACUUCCUCUUCUCCGCCCUCCGCUUUCCUCUCAUGUGGCAAACGUGCGACUCUGUGGUCCUGAGUGCCAGAAGCUGUCUCCAUGGGUUGGUCACAGUGUGCAUCGCACCGUGCUGUACAUGUGCAGACGCAGCCUGCAGCCAGGUUUUUAUUUAAUGUAAAUAGUUUCUGUUUCCACUGAGGCAGUUUCUGGUACUCCUAUGCAAUAUUACUUAGCUUUUUUAUUGUAAAAAGAGAAUCA